UUAAUGAUACUUCCUCUCUUCCAAAAAACAGCAAAUAGUAAUCAAAAAAAUACCCACUAUUAUUCUCCUGCUUUCUCCCUUCCCAAUACUAUGCCUCUGUGUCUUUUCUUUUGUUGUGUAAGAAGCAAAAAACAAGUAAACAAAGCCCAUAGUAGAUGUGUGAAUGGGCAAAAGAACAAAUAACUCAGAACCCAUUUAUAUGUAUAUAUGUAAUAAAAAAGCCAGUCACUUUUGCAUUUUAAUGAACCUCUUUCUCUCUCUUCUGUGACUCCAUUACUUGUCUGAUUUUUGAACCAAUUUUUCUAAAAAGCACCACCUUUUUCAACCUUUUCCUUUUUUUUUUUCUCUUCUUUAUCUUUCAUAAAUUGUAAUAUCCGGUCUAGUUUGUGUACAUCUUGAAUUAAACUUGUCUGCAAAAGCUGAAGCAGAUAAUAAGCUCACACUCUAAGUACUUUAGCUGUGAUUUCAAAAUCUCCUCUUUCUUGUGUUAAAGAUUGUUGCUUUUGCAUCUUUCUUGAACAAAUAUUAUUGCUUUUUGUAAGGAUGAAAUGGGUGUGUUUGUGAUGCUACAGUACGGUGUGUUAGUACAUUGUUUAUGGCUCACAUACAAAGUAACAAGAAUGUGAUGAGUAACAACAAAAGUGCUAGUGGUGGUAAUACUACUGCAGCUGAUAAUGAAGUGAAACCAACAGCCGCCACUACUACUUUUCAUGAUUUUUUAGGUAAAGGGUAUCCUCAAGAUUCAUCUCUGGCUAUGGCUAGCAAAUUGGUGUUGCCGUCCGAGGCAUCUCCUUCUGCUUCUGUCUCUGUUGGUGCUUCUUCUGAUCUGGGUUCUGAAAGACAUGUAGGAAAUCAUUUUGAAGGAGUGCCGUUCUACGGCCUAAGGGGUGAACUUUCAGGGCCUGAGACAAGUAAUCGAUUCUCGGGAACAAAAAGAAGCAAUUCUGACUCUUUGAUGGGGUCAUCAAGAGAUAAAUUUUCAACGCUGCGACCAGACGCAUUGGAGAGCUCACAUAUGACAAAGCUACUACGAAAUGCAGGGGGUGAGCCACGUGGACGACCACGUGAUCAAGACAUGUCCUUUGCUAUGCAUCCUAUGAGGCCACUUCAUGCCUCUUUAAUAUCACAACCAUCCGCAACUGGUCGAACCAAUGCCAAUGCUUCCAAGUGGGAUCGAGCUAUUCCUGUCAAUGUUGGCCCCACCUUGCAUUAUCAUCCACGUGCUAGUCAAGUUGUGCCUUUUGACUAUCAAUCGUCAGCCAACAGGUUUGGAGAUGCCAAUGCAGGACCUUCUACUAUAUCUCAAGCAGCCGCUGAUGAAGGAUCAAGGACAGGAAUCAAAGGAUCCGGAAUAUUGAGGUCCAUUAAUGCAAGUGGUGGAGUCUCUGAUAGAAGCCUUUCUGGGGUACCAUUAGGUGGUGCUAAGCAGAAAGCCGAGUUUCACUUGUCUGACCUUGAGUCUUCUAACCCAAGUCGGCAAGGACUGACAUCUGCUGGAUCUCAAAUGACUAUAUUUUAUGGGGGUCAAGCCCAUGUUUUUGAUAAUGUCCAUCCCAACAAGGCAGAUGUUAUAAUGGCCUUAGCUGGAUCAAAUGGAGGAUCUUGGUCAACCACCUAUGCUCCAAAAUCUGCAGCGAGGCCGUUAACUGGAGAAAAUAGUUCGCCUAAAUCAGAGAAUGAGGUAACCAAGGGCAUUAACUUAGCUCUAAUUAGGGAGUUGCAUGCCAGGUCAUCUGGCAAAGGGGGUCCCCUUCACGGUUUUGGUUCUGGUGAUCAAAUUUCUGUUCCUCAAGGUAUUCAUCGAGGGGCUAGCAUAAGUAAGGAAGCAAACUCCGCACUGCAAGCAGCAUCAAAUAGUACUGAUGAAAAACGAGAAGUGUGAUGCAAAUUCCAUAUUGUCUAAACAAAAAUGGGCUGCUAUUAAUCACAAAUCAGGCUUAUCGCUCGUCUUCUUUUCCUUUAUUUUUCACUAUUUCACCCCUAGAAACCAGCUGCAUUAGUUAUCAAAGCCAAACUUCCAAUCUUGUACUGCGCUUUGUUUAAUUCUUGAAUCAAUGGAAGUUUAGUCGGUUCUUCCAAAAGAAAUGCAGAUGUUUUAUGGUUUUGUUUAGACCUUGAACUCUCAAGACAUCUCUGCUUCAUGUGUUCACCAAAUGCAGAUCCAAUACUGAUAGCAAGGAUGUUUUCAUAAAGAAGUUUUAUCAAUUAAUUGAAUGCUGUUUUUGCUUA